AUGUCCGUGCGCGGCAAGGAUCCCGUCUCUGAGGAGAACCGGAACUUAGAAGCUUUGUGGGCUAGCCAAGAUAACAUCAACAGACGUUUGGAUGCUUUGACUGCAGAUGUCCAGCGAUUGACAGUAGAAGUGCGCCGCGAGUUCAAUCUCAAUAGAGCGAGACAGCACGACAUACUUCCCCGCCGGACAAUGCCGCACAGAGGGUUCAACACCGAUCGUCAAAUCGGUCGGAUACCGUCUACACAUCCCGAACUGUCGGACUCCGACAGUGAUUCGAUAAUGUACCCUGGGGCAGAUCCCGUAGAAUCGGAAGAAGACGAUGAUACCCACCAUUACCCUCCGGAAUUCGCAAGGCGAAGGCGACCAGUCGUGCGCAACCAGAGACCGGGAGAAUUUAAGAUCAAAAUUGAUGUUCCCUUCUUCGAUGGUCACCUACAUAUUGAGGAUUAUUUGGAUUGGGAAAAAGCCGUUGAAAAUUUCUUUGAGUAUAUGGAGAUCGAACCCGACAAACAGGUGAAGUACGUGGCCUGCCGUCUGCGUGGGGGCGCCAGUGCUUGGUGGGCACAAACAUUACAGACCAGACAGCGGGAAGGAAGAGGCCGGGUUCGCGGAUGGCACCGCAUGAAACAGCUGCUCCGAGCUCAGUUUCUACCCACAGAUUUUGAACAAAUUCUAUACAUGAGGUACCAACAUUGCACUCAAGGCCACCGUUCUGUGAGCGAGUACACGGAGGAGUUCAAUGCUCUGAGUGCCCGAAACAACUUGAAUGAAUCCAAUACUCAGCUGGUAGCAAGAUACAUAGGAGGCCUCAAGGAUAGCAUUCAGGAAAAGUUAGAGCUAAAUGCGGUAUGGUCAUUACCGCAAGCUGUCAAUCUGGCUUUUAAGGUUGAAAUGCAGCAGAGCAGACAGUCCAAAUCCAAUACAAUCCGCAGACAGUGGCAAGAUCCUGCUAGCGGGUCAAGUAAGAUAACGCCUCACUCUACAAAAUCCGGCCAACCACCUCUUCUACCGACGCCCGCGACAACUCCUGCGAAUACGACUGCUGAUCCGAGACUGUCCGUGAAGCCAAGGCUGCAAGGUAAGGAUAAUCCUUAUGCUAAACCGUCAACUCUCAAAUGCUUUCGUUGUUUUCAGCCAGGGCAUAAGUCCAAUGAGUGCCCACAAAGGCCGCAAGCGCAUUUGGCGGAUGGCUCAGAUAGGGAAGAUCUUGAGAAUGCGGAGGAAGAAGAAACAGAUGACGUGGUUGCUGACGACGGAGAGCCUUUAAUAUGCAUUCUCGAAAAAUUACUACUGGCCCCAAGGCAGAACAUCAAUUCCCAACGGCAUGCUCUUUUUCGGACGCGUUGUACCAUUGGCGGCAAAGUGUGCGAUCUUCUCGUCGAUAGCGGCUGCACUGAAAAUGUGAUCUCCAGGGCGGUAGUGCAGAGUCUCCAGCUGAAAACUGUUAAAAAUGCAAAUCCUUAUCGGAUCACAUGGGUUAAGAAAGGAAUGGAGAUCGCAGUCACUGAAUCUUGCAAAGUAGUCUUCUCCAUUGGCAAGCAAUACGUUUGCGAAGUCAGCUGUGACGUCCUGGACAUGGACGUCUGUCACUUGAUACUGGGCCGACCGUGGCAGUUCGAUGCGAGCGCCGUCUAUGAUUGCCGAGCCAACACCUAUUCCUUGGAUUACAAAGGGAGGCGUUUAAGACUACUACCACAUGCUGCUAUGGACAAAACGACACACCCUACACCAAGCAAACAAGCCGCUAUGCACCUAGUUACAGGACACCAGCUGCUUCAAUGCUGGCGGGAACCCGCCCCACUAUAUGCCUUACUGGUCACUGAGGUCACGUCAGAUGUUGCAAUUGUUGAUACACACCAGGAUAUCACUCAUCUGCUACAACAGUAUGUAGAGAUCGCCCCAAAGGAACUCCCCGCGGAAUUGCCACCGCUACGUGAUAUCCAGCAUUGUGUUGACUUCAUACCCGGAUCAAGCCUCCCAAACUUACCACACUAUCGGUUGAACCCGAAAGAGCAGCAGAUCCUACAAGGAUUAGUUGAUGAGCUGAUUGAAAAGCAACUGAUACAGCCGAGCAUGAGCCCGUGUGCCGUACCCGCGCUCCUUGUUCCGAAGAAAGACGGGAAUUGGCGAAUGUGCGUAGACAGCAGAGCUAUCAACAAAAUAACAGUCAAAUACAGAUUUCCCGUUCCCCGAAUUGACGAGUUGAUCGACCAGCUCUCCGGAUCCUCCAUUUUCUCGAAAUUGGACCUUAGGAGCGGUUAUCACCAGAUUCGUAUUCGUCCCGGCGACGAAUGGAAAACGGCCUUCAAGACGCCACAAGGGUUAUUUGAGUGGAAGGUCAUGCCCUUCGGGCUAUGUAAUGCUCCGUCCACUUUCAUGAGGAUGAUGAAUGAAAUUUUGAAGCCAUUUUUGGCACUUUUUGAUGUGCUCAAACAGCAGAAGUUAUUCCUGAAUCUUCCCAAGUGUGAAUUGGGAGUGUCCCAAGUCUAUUUCCUUGGGUUCAUUAUCUCAGCCAGUGGCAUUCAGAUGGAUAAACAGAAAAUUGCAGCCAUCGUAGAUUGGCCAACACCACAAACCUUCUCGGAUGUCCGAAGUUUCCACGGAUUGGCAAAUUUUUAUCGGAAGUUUAUCAAGAACUUCAGUCUUAUAAUGGCACCUAUCACGGACGGGCUCAAAUCCAAGAUCUUCCGGUGGACUGACGAGCAGCAACAGGCAUUUGAACGCAUCAAAGUUUGUAUCAGCUCCGCACCGGUAUUGGCACUUCCGGACUUUGACAAGCUAUUCACGGUGGAUACAGACGCAUCGGCCAUUGGCGUAGGUGCUGUUCUAUCACAGUCCGAGAGACCAGUGGCUUUCUUUAGCGAGAAGUUGUCUCCAACUCGACAGAAGUGGGCAGCAUACGAACAGGAGUUGUACGCCAUCAUCCGCGCCUUGAAACAGUGGGAACAAUACUUGCUUCACCAGGACUUUGUUCUCUGCAGCGACAACAAAGCACUCUCUUAUAUCAACAGUCAAAAGAAUGUCAAUCGGAUGCAUGCUCGAUGGCUAAUGUUCUUACAACGUUCAAUUACAAACCCAAAUCACCGGCUUGGAGUGCUUAAAAGACCUCUAUGA